AUACUUCUUAAAACCAACAUUUCUCUCUUCUUCUCCUCCUCCUCCUCCUCCUCUUUUGUUUUCCAUUUCAAGUUCCUACCUUCAAGAACAAAGGAAUUUUCUCUUUUGUUUUUCUGUCAGGCAUGGAUUUUCUCAGGAAUGUGUCGGUCUCCGGUGAGAAUCAAGCUCCUACAACCUCCAUUGAUGACCUUUUCUCAACUCAAAACACGGAAGUGGAUGUGAGCUUGGAAUGGUUAUCUAUCUUCGUUGAAGAUUGUUUCUCGAGCAUCGGGAACUGUAUCCCGGUUUUCGAAACCAAGCCUCCAACCGCACCGCCACCAACGGCGGCGAAAUCCUCAAAGAAACCCCACCAGAUAACCCCGCCCUCGUUGCAGAAAUUCGCGGUUCCAUGCAAGGCGAGGAGCAAGCGAAAGAGGGUUUCGAGUUCAGCGUCAACAACGAUAUUAUUCAAAACCAAAAACAACCCAUUUUUUGACUGGUCAUGUAGCCUCCAAUUGGCCAACCACGACCCUCUUCUGCUCCAACAACCGUGCUGGUUAGCCGACAGUGAACUCAUAGUGCCCAAGAAGGAAGAUGACAACAACAGCAGUAGUACCAUGAAAGAGGGCAUCACGGAGGAAGAAAAGCCGUCUGCGGCGGCGGAGAGGGGUCAGCAGCAGCAGGGGAGGAGGUGUAGCCAUUGUUUGGCACAAAGGACACCACAGUGGAGGGCGGGACCAAUGGGACCAAAGACACUAUGUAAUGCAUGUGGGGUGAGGUACAAAUCAGGGAGGUUGCUGCCAGAGUAUAGGCCAGCCAAAAGCCCUACUUUUGUUAGCUAUUUGCACUCCAAUUCUCACAAGAAAGUCAUGGAGAUGAGAAUGUCAAUUUCUAGUGACCAGUAAUUUCUUAUCAUAAACCC